AUGCCCUUCGAGGGCGACCACUUCGGGGCUUACUCUGCAGACGAAUUCGACGACUUUGACGAGUACAACGACGAUCAUAACGCGGGUCGACAGGAGUCCGCAGGGGAUGAAGAAGAACACCGUCAGGAGGAUAUAGAAGCCCAGGACGACGAUGAGGUCGAUGCUGCAAACCUCGAGGCUGAGUCCGGCUGGGAACCGCCGCCACCUGCUAACAUCCCCCGCGCACCUGCUGAGCCUACGACCAGUCCAGAGAGCAGCCAAGACGCGAAUACUGGAGGGCACGGUGCUCCCAACCGGGCCGCUCAGUCGCGUGCCCAUGAACACUUGCAGACGAAGACGCACUCGGUCCGCUUCCCCAGCGACCACGCAGGUGCUCCCAUCAAACACAGACGCGAACGCUCAGCAUACGAGCAGUUUCAGGGACGCAUCGAUGCGGUGAACGCGAAUCCUUACGCUCCGUUUGCAUCUCGUAUUGACUGGGAAGUCGCUCGAUGGGCCAAGAUGCGCGGCCCUGGCUCGACGGCAGUCUCAGAGCUGCUUGCAAUCGAGGAGCUCGUCACACGUCUUGGCUUGUCCUACAAGAACGCGCGGGAGCUGAACAACAUUGUCGACCAGAAGCUCGCAUCCGGACGUCCGAGAUUUGUACGACGUGAGAUAGUCGUCGCCGGCGAGGUCUUCGAAAUCUUCUAUCGGGAUGUCAUUCAAUGCAUCCGCGCGCUCUACGGAGACCCCGAGUUUGCGGGCAUCCUGGUAUUCACCCCCGAACGGCACUAUGCUGAUGCGGAACACUCGGUGCGGGUCUACUUCGACGUUCAUACAGGGAAAUGGUGGUGGGAAACUCAGAAGGCACUCGAGAAGCGUCUUCCUGGCGCAACAAUAGUGCCCAUCAUCAUAUCCUCGGACAAGACGCAGCUCACCACGUUCGGGUCGAAGACCGCCUAUCCCGUCUACAUGACAAUCGGAAAUCUCCCGAAGGACGUCCGCCGCAAACCGUCACGUCGGGGUCAGAUUCUCCUCGCCUAUCUCCCCUCAUCGAACCUCAAACAUAUCGUGAACAAGGCUGCCCGCCGGCGCACACUAGCCAACCUGUUUCAUGCAUGUAUGGGGCAUGUUCUCGCGCCGCUGAGAGAGGCCGGUGUGCAUGGAAUCGAUAUCGUUAGCGGAGACGGUGUCACCCGACGCGGACAUCCCAUCUUCGCGAUGUACAUCGGGGACUACCCAGAGCAACUUCUCGUGACGUGCUGCAAGACCGGGACCUGCCCGAAGUGCGAUGUCUCUCGUGACGACGUCGGCAGCUCCACUGACACAAGACGGCCACUGCGCGACCUCAAAAAAGUUCUCAAGGCUCUUGACACCUUUGAUGAUGGCGCCACCGCUUUCUCCCGUGCCUGCAGAGAAGCUGGUAUCAAGCCGGUCGUCAAUCCGUUCUGGCAGGAUCUCCCUUACGUCGACAUCUUCCGCUCUAUCACACCUGACAUUCUGCAUCAACUUUAUCAGGGAGUGAUAAAGCAUCUCCUAUCUUGGCUGAAGUCUGCGUAUGGUCCCGAAGAACUCGAUGCUCGCUGUCGACGUCUACCGCCAAACCAUCAAAUCCGACUCUUCCUCCGCGGUGUGACCACCCUGCAGAAGGUCACGGGUAAGGAACAUGGCGACAUAUCUCGCUUCCUCUUGGCGCUCGUAAUCGGCCUUCCGCUCCCCGGUGGAUACUCGCCCGUGCGUCUCGUCCGGGCUGUGCGGGCCAUUCUUGAUAUCCUCUAUCUGUCGCAGUACCCCGCCCACACAUCCGACACACUCGCCCUUCUUCGUGAUGCACUGCAACGCUUCCAUGCCAACAAGUCCAUCUUCGUAGACCUCGGAGUUCGCUCACACUUCAAGCUUCCCAAACUGCAUUCGCUCGAUCACUACAUCGAAUCGAUCAAGCUCUUCGGGACGACCGACAACUACGACACACAGUACACUGAACGCUUGCAUAUCGACUUCGCGAAGGACGCGUAUCGCGCGACCAAUCACAAGGACGAGUUCCCGCAGAUGACGACGUGGCUCGAGCGCCGCGAAAAGAUCUUGCGACAUGACGCGUAUGUCAAGUGGCGUCUGAAGCGCCUCGCUACUGUUCGGUCGGUGCCUGCCCCUCUUGAUCGUCAGCCUCAGGACAAGCAACUCCCAGCGGUGGCAAUGCAGCGGCGGGCAGGAGACAAGCUGGUGCUUAGUCCGGGGCAACCGCUCUGCAUCGGAGCGCAGGCGCAGGCUGCAUGGACGCGCAUCAAGAUUGCGAAAUGGCCUAGCGUGAAGGCGCUCUCAUUCGACGAUGCGGCUGAGCGUUACGGAGCCGUUUAUCUCCGCGAUGCACUCGCCCGUUUUGUUGUACGGCAUCGUGAUCCCACACUCACCGCUGCCGAGGUCGAGCAGCAAUCCCUCAAUGUGUCUCUCCAUUUCCGGAAGAUUCAAGCCUUCAAUAAACUCAAGUUCAUACUCGACGACGCUCAAGACCUCGGAGUGAUGGAGGAUGUGCGCGAUGCUGCGCAUGCGCGACCAGAACGGCAGGAUAAACAAGGCAGGACUGUACCGGGCCGCUUCGAUACCGUUCUUGUCAACAACGGGACAGGUGGUCGUUCAGGAGUGCAAGGGUACGAGGUUGCCCAGCUCCGCCUUGUGUUCAAGCUUCCGAAUGUUGCAAACGAAACACUCUUCCCCGGUGUCCUCGCGCCGGGCCAUUUGGCAUACAUAGAGCGCUUCACUCCGAUGGUAGGCCCAGAUCCCGUGCACGGCUUAUACAAGGUCACACGACAGCGCGACGGGUCCGGUGCACGACUCGCAAGUGUCGUAGAAGUACGCAAUAUUCGCCGAAGCUGCCACCUCUUUCCUGUUACGACCGGCGCCGUUCCGCGGGAUUGGACAAGUAGUACCGUUCUCGAACGUUGCGACAGCUUUUGGGUAAACUCAUUCAGUGACGCGCAUAUGUAUAUGUCUUUCUUUUAA